UCGACUUCUGCAAAGCAUUUGGAUGAAGAGAACUGCUCUCCUAACAUGAACCUGAAAGUGAUCAUAGGCGUAGUUGCUGCUGUUGCUGCUGUAACGAUUAUUGUUGGAGUUACACUGGGAGUGGUGCUGAAUCAACCAUCAUGGGGGUUCAGAGAAGAAUUCAUGGAAAGAUGUGAGGAGUUCACGGAAGGAAACAAAACCGGCUGUGAACAAAUACUGGGUGUCUUUGAACAAGCCUACGUAGGGAAGCCAAGCUGUGAUGUUCCUCUGUCAGCCUAUGACCCCUUGAUGACAACGGUCCCCUUCACCCAUUCAUGCAACAAAACAAUGUUUUGGAGUGAAACCAAAGAUCUGGUCCACGAGUACACAAGUAGGAAUAAGGAUUGUUUCACCCUGGAAAACACUCUGUUGGGACAUUGCCUGGAUGGACAGACAUGGUGUGGAAAGGAAGGCAGCGAUGAAACCUUCACUUCUGGCUGCCCUGGGUGGGAAGACUGUGUGAACAGCCCUGUUAGGUCAUUUUGGAACAGAGCUUCUGCUGGAUUUGCAGAUCAUGCCUGUGGAGUAGCCUCAGUAAUGCUGAAUGGAUCACUGGAAAAACCAUUCGAUCCCACCAGUGUAUUUGCAGAGUUUGAGCUAAAGAGACUCAGAGCCCCUAUAGUGACGCGUCUGAAUGUGAUUCUGGUCAUUGGAGAGAAGUCAAAUUGUAACAGUCCAAAUAUAUACGUGGACUUAAGGAAUGCACUGGAUCCAAAUGUUGAAUGUAUUUGCAAGGAAGUACAAAAAUCUCAGAUCGACAAGUGCUCCCCUGUUCAAAAUAUGGGCUGUGCAGCAUGUUUGUUGAAGACGAUUGACUAAAAUGUCAGAUUACAACAUCAAACAUGACGCAGAAAGCAGCUUUUAAACUAUCUGUCCAUUUGUACCCUGUGUGUUUGACCUGAAAUAUCAAAAUGAUCUCACUGCAAAUUAAACUAGUACAUUCUUAUUGUCAGCUUUUGUAUUUUUAACCGAACAUAAAUCAAAUGUCACGUCCUGCUUUUGGAUCUCACUUUUUACUUGGUUGCAAAAUUUGAAAUAUGUUUCAAAUCAAAUGUUCAAAUAUGUUUGAGUUGUAAAAUGUGAUAAUUAAAUGAUUGUGAAAUGAUUGCUGGUGUGCAAAAUAACACAUCAUGCAGCUGUUUGCAACUGUUCUGAAAUGCAUGAGGGCAACUAAUGGGCAGCUAUCGAGUGUACUUGUGCAAUAAACCAU